AACACUGUUUGACAGUUUGUUAGGUAGCUAACUGCCACUGCAAAGACGGCUUCCUGCAUCUAGUUUGAUUUAGUUUUACCUUAAUUUUGUUCCCUUUUUUGUUAAUUUGAGUACUAUCAUGACGUCCAUAGACGAUAGUGACAAGGAAAAGCUGCGCUCUGUGUCUGUGGACCUGAACAACGAUGCUUCGCUUCUUAUCGACAUUCCUGAUGCUCUGUGUGAAAGGGAUAAAGUUAAGUUCACAGUCCAUACAAAGACUACCUUGAGCUCCUUCCAGAAGCCGGAGUUCUCUGUUCCCAGGCAGCAUGAAGAUUUUAUCUGGCUGCAUGACACUCUGGUUGAAACCGAGGACUAUGCCGGUCUAAUUAUCCCUCCAGUUCCGCCCAAGCCAGAUUUUGAAAGCCCUAGAGAGAAGAUGCACAAACUGGGGGAAGGUGAAGCCACUAUGACUAAAGAGGAAUACACUAAAAUGAAGCAGGAGCUGGAGGCUGAAUACCUGGCUGUAUUCAAGAAAACAGUUCAAGUGCACGAAGUCUUCUUGCAGAGAUUGUCUUCUCACCCUGUUUUAAGCAAGGACAGAAACUUUCAGAUUUUCUUAGAGUAUGACCAGGAUCUCAGUGUGAGAAGAAAGAAUGCCAAGGAGAUGUUCGGAGGAUUCUUCAAAAUCAUGGUGAAGUCUGCCGACGAAGUCCUCAUCUCAGGAAUAAAGGAAGUUGAUGACUUUUUUGAGCAGGAGAAAACCUUUUUGCUUGAUUACUACAGCAAAAUUAAAGAUUCCACUGCCAAAGCAGAGAAAAUGACACGUUCACAUAAAAAUAUUGCAGAUGAUUACAUUCACAUUUCUGCCACUUUGAACAGCCUCUGUGCUGAAGACAGUACACCAAAUAAGAAGAACAUCGAGAAGCUGUCGGACAUGUUCGAGAGACUCAGAAAAGUGGAGGGAAGAGUAGCAUCUGACCAGGAGCUGAAACUGACAGAGCUGCUGAGAUACUACAUGAGGGACAUCCAAGCAGCCAAGGACCUUCUGUACCGUCGAGCCCGAGCGUUAGUUGACUACGAGAACUCCAACAAGGCCUUGGAUAAAGCCCGACUGAAGAGCAAGGACGUUGCCCAGGCAGAGGAACACCAGCGACAGUGCCUGCAGAAAUUUGACAAGCUGUCAGAAUCUGCAAAGAAAGAACUCACCAGCUUCAAGGGCAGACGAGUUGUGGCCUUCAGGAAAAACCUCAUAGAAAUGGCUGAGCUCGAGAUAAAACAUGCUAAGAACAACAUGGCUCUUUUGCAAGGAUGCGUUGAUCUCCUCAAGAGCAACUGACCUGUCUUCAAGUAUUAAUGUCCCAGCAUCACUAAGUGACCAAUCCUUGCAAAUGGAAACCUGGCAUCCCCAGGAUGUUGCAUCAACAUUUCUCCAAGCACCAUGUCUGCUCAGACCUGGGUCCAAUGCAACUUAAAAUCCCUACAAGAUACGCUGUAUCUUCUAAGCACAAUGUCCUUGUGUUUACAGAGUCCCUUUCUUCUGCUCUUUGGCCCAUCAGUCUUACUUAAUGUGGAGCUCUAGCUCAAAGUGUCUCGUUAGAAUUAGGUUCCUAUCAUUAAGGCCCUCCAUAAAUAUGCAGCAUUAAUGGAUGUGACAUUUUCCUUUUCUCAUUUUGUGCAUUUAAUGUUAUUUCUUUUUUUGCCUUUUUCUUUUGAGCACAUUUUCAACCAUUCAGACUCUAGCCAUCCCUUCAUUUAUGCUUUUAGAUAACUAAAAACAAGCUUACAGCAGUUUUGUUUUUCAUCAUUGAUGUUUUGUUUUCUAAUGGAACCCUUAAAUAAGUGAAGAGUGCCUAAACAAUUUCUAUAUUCUGCAUCAUACACUGAUCUACAGUAAAUAAAAUCGUGACUGAAUUAGAAAUAAAUAAAAAUGUUAAUCUUUCUAUGUUUAAAACUAGUCUCUCACCUGGUCCUUGUUUCUUAGAGAAGUUGCCUCAUAUUCUACAUGUAUAAUGUUUAAGAUAUUGAAGUGUGUCCUGAAACAAAUAUGACUGGAAAAAACUCAACGUUAGCCAGUUUGUCAUAUAUUUGAGGACAUUGAGUGCACACCACUGCUGCAUUUUCUUCAUCCUCCAUCAUCUUUUGCCACUUACAUCUUUACUUUUGAAUAUUUAACUAGGGUUUCUUUACUUUGCCCCCUUUCAUUGAUUAGUAUUAGUCUUACAAACUGAAAUUGAACCAGGUAUAUUAGCACAUCCUGUAAACGGUUUGUUUAUUUUGAAUUUAAAAUAUAUGCAAUUAAAAAAUGGAAAAGGCCCUCUACAAUCAUGUCCUAGCUCAUUGGAGUGUUACAUUGAAUUUUGUUUUUUUUUUUAAAGAAAUUGAAUGUAUUUCUAAAAGAUUACAACUGUUCACAUUCUUUUUCAUAAUGCCUUUUCUUACAAAAAUAGCAUUUUAUGGAUUUGUAAUUGCAUUGAAUAAAUUCUACUUUCACAAGUAUA